AUGGAUUCAAUAUAUAACACGAGUAGAAAGAAACUAAACAGGGACAAAGAAAAUAUCCUGAGUCAUCAGAGACAAAAUCCAGGGGGAUACCAUGAAAGAUCCAAAUCAUCAACAAGCAGCAACUCCCAGAAAAACAAAAAGAGGAUAAGGGUGCAAAAUAAGGAGGAAAAUAAUAAAGACAGAGGAAAUGAUUUCGCGAAAAAUACGGCUAAAAUACAGAUUAAUUACUGA